AUGUUGUCAAAUUGUAUUCCUGUUAUAAAUGAAAAAUGGUCAUUAGAAUUAUUAUUAAUUGAUAAUGAAUUUAAAUGGUCAAAAGCAUUAGUAAUACUGGAUGAUAUUGAUUUUUUAAAUCCAUAUUAUUUUAAUAAUCGUCCAUUGUCUAAUUAUAAUAUUAAAGAAAAAAUUAGAUAUGGUAAAAAACUUCUUUCAUGGAAUUUUAAAAUUUUAACACCAAUUGUUAGUAAUAUGUUAAAAUUUUUUGAGAAAAGAUAUACAGGCCAUAUUAUUGACAAAAUUGUAGAAACACAAACUUUAUAUGAUGAAGAUGAAGAAUUAUUUAAAAAUGAACGUUUGAAACCAAUGUUAGAUGAAAAAUUUACAGUAAUAAUAACUACAUAUAAAAGAAUUCCAGGAUUAAAUUAUUCUUUAUCACAAUUUAAUAAUAUCACAGAUGUUGAUAAAAUAAUAGUAAUAUGGAAUGAUCUUGAUUUAUCAGAUUUACCUGAAAAAAAUGAAUGGAAUAAAAGUGUAGCACCUGUAUUUUUUGUAAAACCAAAUGCAAAUUCAUUGAAUAAUAAAUUUCUUCCAUAUGAUAUUAUAAAAACAGAUUCAAUUUUAAUUUUAGAUGAUGAUCAAAUAUUAACUGAAUCACUUUUAUAUAAUCUUUUCAAUGUAUGGAAGUUAAAUAGAGAUGUUCUAGUUGGAUAUUAUAAAAGAUUAACAGGAAAUGGUCCAGGUAAUGCUUAUUUUGCUAGUAAAUUAAAAGAAUUUGAUCUUAUAUUGACAAGUUUAUCUUUUGUUGAUAGAAAAUAUUUAUACUAUUAUACUUAUAAUUUUCCUUUUAAAUUUAAAAAAAGAAUUGAUAAUUUAACAAAUUGUGAAGAUAUUUCAAUGAAUUAUUUAGUUGCAAUGUAUAGUGAUAAACCAAAUAUAGCAUUUACAAGUGGACCUGAUUUAUCUAAAUGUGACAAUUGUACUUUUACUGGAUUAUCUACAAAACCUGAUCAUUAUAUAAUAAGAUCAGAUUGUGUACUUAAAUUAAAUGAAAUAUUUGGAUUAAAUCCUAUGAUAACGAAUAGAUUUUAUACAAAAGAAAUGAAUACUUGA